GUAAACAAAACCCCAGCUGGUGAAUACAUGGGCUUUAGACAACACGAAGAGAAAUUUAGAGAAAAAAACGAGAAAAGAAGCUGAUAAUUGGGAAAAAGAGCAAAGAUACAAUAGAAAUGGAACAGUGUAUAAAUUCUGGAUAAUAAGAGAACAGAGAGAGAAAGAUAAAGGAGAAAAAAGCUGAUAAGGAAAACAUCAUUGGCGCCGCUUGAAAGAGAACUUAAGUGCGGCAAGGUAAGCCUCCAGGGGUGACACAGGUGCGCAGCAGGCAGGGGUACCACAGGGGGAAGACGAGGAGACGAGAAAAUAAUGGACAUUCCUGAGACAGACAGUGAGGACGAAAUGGCGCCGGGGUGGGAGGAAAGGUGCACAGCUGAUGGUUUUGUUUUUUAUGCCCACCACGCCACACAGACGACACAGUGGCAGCACCCGCGCACCAAUAAGAAGAAGAAGGUGACAGGAGAGCUACCCUACGGCUGGGAACGACAAAUAACCGAAGAAGGGAAGGUAUUUUUCGUCGACCACGUAAACCACAAGACGACAUACACUGACCCCCGCCUUGCCUUUGCCGAGGAGGAGACGAGGUCGUUGGGUGACCUUCGGCAGCGAUUCGACAGCAGCACCACAGGGGUUCAGGUCCUGCACGGGAGAGACCUCACAGGAAGGGUCGCAGUAGUCACAGGGGGAAAUGCUGGGAUUGGUUUCGAGACAGUGCGUUCUCUGGCCUACCACGGGUGCACGGUGGUGAUGGCCUGCCGGGACGUGGCCAGGGGGGAGUCUGCGGUGGCCAGGAUACACACUCAGAGGCCACACGCAGCCCUACAUGUUCUGCAGCUUGACCUGGCCAGCCUCAUUAGUGUGAAGAAUUUUGCUCAUGCCUUCUCCCUGCAGUUUGGCCGUUGCGACAUACUGAUACUAAACGCAGGGGUAUUCGGACUGCCCCACGCACACACGUCAGAUGGAUUUGAGGUGAUGUUUCAAGUUAAUCACCUCUCGCAUUUCUACCUGUGCCUCCUUCUGCAGCCCCUCCUGGCCAAGAGUGCACCGGCGAGGGUCAUCUUUGUGUCCUGUGAGGCCCAUAGGUUCGCGAGUCUGGAUGUGGACAGCCUUAGGGAGGAGGUGCUGUCCCCCUCCCCCCGCUCCCCCUUCUCCUCCACCACCUCCUACUGCAACACCAAGCUGUGCAAUGUGCUGUGUGCCCUUGAAAUGCAGCGGAGAUUCGGUGACCAAGGGAUAAACAGCUAUGCAGUCCACCCAGGGAAUGCGGUGGCAAGUGGUCUGGCGCGGCACUGGUGGGGGUACCGCCUGCUCUUCUCCCUCGUCCAGCCAUUCACCAAGACACUGCAACAGGCAUGUGCAAGCAGCGUGUUCUGUGCCGCCAGCAACGACUUGGCGCGGUACGGUGGAGUGUAUGUCAACAACUGCGUUCCUUGUAUGCCUUCUGCUCAAGCCAUGGACAGCGUUCUGGGGCACCGUCUGUGGGUGGUGUCCCUUAAGAUGAUAGAGGGGUGUAUUAGGACAACGUGCAUUUAAUCUAUGUAUUGGUAGUAGUGGUAAAUAAGUUGUUUUGAUAGGCUUUGCUACAGUCUCUUUCUCUCUCUCUCUCGCUCGCGCCACCUGUUUUCAAGGCCACGUGACUAGCAGGGUUCUCAAGAGUGUUUCUCCUGUUAAUAGUGUGCAAAUGUUGUUAAUCUGUCACUGGGGCCAUAAAAAACACUAAUAAAAACCCGUGUCACUUCAACUACAGCCUUUUAAAGAGUGUUUCUCCUGUUAGUAAUGUAGAAAUCUUGUUAAUCUGUCACUAGAACCGUAAAAACCCUUAAAAACCCGUGUCAUUUCAACUACAGCCUUUUAAAGAGUGUUUCUCCUGUUAGUAAUGUAAAAAUAUUGUUAAUCUGUCACUAGAACCCUAAAAACAUCCUUGAAAACCCGUGUCACUUCAACUACAGCCUUUUAAAGUGUUGUUCCUGUUAAUAAUGUAGAAAUCUUGUAAAUCUUUCACUAGAACCGCAAAAACACCUUUGAAAAUUUGUGUCUAUUUAACUAGAGCCUUUGGAAAGUAGUGGCGGUUCUCAAAUGUUUCAGAAGUGCUAGAGAGAGAGAGAGAGAGAGAGAGAGAGAGAGAGACUUUGGUUGUGGUGGUGGUGGCGGUGAUUGGUUAGGUUAGAUUGAAAGAGAGAGAGAGUUGGUUUAUUUGUUUAUUGUUGUGUUUUUGUUUAUUUAAUUUUGAUGUGUCCAGCCAGACCAGCCAGCCAGCCAGUUAGCUAAUCAGUCAUUAUUCAAUAUUUCUCUGUGUCACGUUGAAUUAAGAUCUUAUUGCCAAAGAAAAUAAAAGUUAUAAUUAAA